AUGAACGCAACUAUGCGUGGUGUGGCCAUGAUUGGCACUGCAUACAAUGUUUCCGUUCUUGACUUCCCGCGGCCUGUCCUCCAAAAUACCACCGAUGCCAUUGUUCGCAUUACAGCUGCUGCAAUCUGCGGUUCCGACCUUCACUUCUACCACGAAGCGUCAGGAUCGCCCUCUGAUCCAUUCGCCUUAGGCCACGAGGCCAUCGGAUACAUCGACGAAAUUGGCACAGGCGUUCAGUCUUUGUCUGUUGGAGAAUACGUCAUCGUCCCAGACAAUGCAAAUGACGGCCAUUACACAGCGGGACCUGAUCUGCCCAACUCCUUUGGUACCAACGCCGAACUUGGAGGAUGCCAAGCCGAGUAUGUCCGAGUCCCCUAUGCCGACUCCUCGCUCAUUCCCGUCCCUGUGAACGCCAGCAAUACCACUGAGACCCUAUAUGACUACCUCGUUAUAUCCGAUGUCUUCGCCACCGGCUGGAAGGGACUGGACUACUCGACUUUCCAGCCCGGCGACACUGUUGCCGUGUUUGGUGCCGGAGCCGUCGGCCUCUGCGCUUCUUACGCCGCCAUGCUGCGCGGCGCUUCUAAGGUCUAUACGAUCGACCGCGUGCAGAGGAGACUCGACCUGGCCGAAUCUAUCGGCGCCAUUCCCAUUAACUACGAAGAGUCCGACCCUGUCGCGCAGAUCAUGGCUCUCGAGCCAAACGGCGUCACCCGGAGCGUCGAUGCGGUAGGCUUCGAGGCGCGGAACGCGGCGGGAGAAUUGCAGUUCUCCGUUGUGCUCGACAAUGCAGUGGCUGUCACGAUCCCGUACGGCGGGAUCGGCAUGCUGGGUGUCUAUCACUCGAACCAGACUUUCCCAGUCGGUGCUUUCUGGGGUAAAGGGCUCAGUAUGGGGAGCGGCAUUGUGCUGCCGCUUCAGUUUGCAGACGAGUUGGUGCAGCUCGUGUCCUCUGGUAGAGCUUCGCCUGGUUUUGUUAUCAGUGCUACUAUCGGUAUCGAAGAGGCUCCCGAGUAUUAUUCUCGUUUUGAUAGGCACGAGGAGUCCAAGGUAGUCAUUCGAUUUCCUUGA